AUGAUGCGGUUUCUUCCCGUCAACUUGACGACAAUUCUCGUGGAGCUCCCAGGUCUCGAGGAGACUCUGGCGCUUCUUACCUCACUUCAAUCUGAGCCAGUGGUUGGCAUAAAAGAGAUGAUUCCAGCUGCCCGCACUCUGCUCGUUCACUUCGAUCCGGAAAGCAUAAGCGCAGAAGCCUUGGCAACUGAAGUUAGCAAACGAGACCUUUCAACCAUCAACCCCCGAUCGGACCGCCAAAUAGAAAUCCCUGUCCGCUAUGACGGCGUGGAUCUUGGGAACAUUGCAAAGCUGACAGGAUUCGACGUGAAGGAGGUUAUUCGUCGCCAUAAGGAGAGCCAGUUCACUGUGGCAUUCUGCGGUUUUGCACCGGGCUUCAGCUACCUGAAUGGCGGCGAUCCUGCGCUGUACGUGCCGCGGCACCAAACACCACGGACCCGCAUCCCAGCUGGCUCGGUAGCUUUGGCGGGGCCCUUUAGCGGCAUUCAUCCACAGAGCAGUCCAGGAGGGUGGCAGCUCAUUGGUACGACAUCGGUCAAAAUGUGGGACACAAAUCGGAGCCCAAGCGCGCUUCUUCAACCGGGUGAUCGGGUCAAAUUUGUUGAGGUGGAUGAUGUUCAGACAUUUGGAGCUGAUGCCACUCCUUCAACUGAAGGUGAUAAUACUCCUGCUUCUGGUUCAACUGAUAGAGAAGAAGAGAAGCCUGCUCUGAGAGAGACGAUCGGCACCACCAGUCCACAUUUCAAAGUCUUGACGGCGCCAAUACCGGCUCUUUUCCAAGAUCUCGGUCGUCCCGGUCAAGCGAAUAAAGGUGUUUCCGCCUCCGGUGUGUUAGAUCGAUCGGCAUUUCGGGCUGCGAACCGUAUAGUGGGAAUCCCAGCUGGCACUGGAUGCCUUGAACUUACGUUAGGUGGCUUUUCGUUUGAAAGCACCAGUCAGGCGGUGAUCGCCUGCACGGGGGCACCUUGUCCCAUUACGGUUGAGGAUGCGAAAGGCCACAACACAGAGAUAACACAAACUCAUCGACCAAUUGCGCUGGAACCGGGGGAUGUCGUGACCUUCGGACAACCACGCACGGGUAUGCGAACUUGGCAGUCCGAGGUGGCUUUGAGAUCGACCCGAUCUUGGGCAGCGUCAGUACCGACACAUUGGCUGCCGUGGGGCCCAGUGCUGUCACCGCUGGGUCUGCCCUGA